UAGGGCCCCAGUGCCCGGGCCAUGGCGGCAGCGGCGGCGGGAGCUGCUGUCUGAGCACGGGCUGCAGACUACGCGAACUCGGCCCGGGAGUCCGGGCCCAGAGAGAGGCGCGGCGACCGGGGCGCCGACGGCUGGAGCCGGCCUUCCUCUCCUCCUCCUCCUCUGCUGCGGGGCCCUGGUGGGGGGGAUCUGUGUCCGGUCACCAUGACGACGCCAGCGAAUGCCCAGAAUGCCAGCAAAACGUGGGAAUUGAGUCUGUAUGAGCUGCACCGGACCCCGCAGGAAGCCAUCAUGGAUGGCACAGAGAUUGCAGUUUCCCCUCGGUCGCUGCACUCAGAACUUAUGUGCCCCAUCUGCCUGGACAUGCUGAAGAAUACAAUGACCACCAAGGAGUGCCUCCACCGCUUCUGCUCCGACUGCAUCGUCACAGCCCUGAGAAGCGGGAACAAGGAGUGCCCCACCUGUCGCAAGAAGCUAGUAUCCAAGCGGUCCCUGCGGCCAGACCCCAACUUUGAUGCCCUGAUCUCUAAGAUCUAUCCCAGCCGGGAGGAAUAUGAGGCCCACCAAGACCGGGUGCUCAUCCGCCUCAGCCGCCUGCACAACCAGCAGGCACUGAGCUCCAGCAUCGAGGAGGGCCUGCGCAUGCAGGCCAUGCACAGGGCCCAGCGUGUGAGGCGGCCGAUGCCCGGGUCAGAUCAGACCACAACGAUGAGUGGGGGGGAAGGAGAGCCUGGGGAGGGAGAGGGUGAUGGAGAGGACGUGAGCUCAGACUCUGCCCCUGACUCGGCCCCAGGCCCUGCUCCCAAGCGACCCCGUGGAGGGGGCGCAGGGGGGAGCAGUGUAGGGACAGGGGGAGGCGGUGCUGGUGGGGUGGGUGGGGGUGCUGGUUCUGAGGACUCUGGUGACCGGGGAGGAACUCUGGGAGGGGGAACCCUGGGGCCCCCAAGCCCUCCUGGGGCCCCCAGUCCCCCGGAGCCAGGUGGAGAAAUCGAGCUCGUGUUCCGGCCCCACCCCCUGCUCGUGGAGAAGGGAGAAUACUGCCAGACUAGGUAUGUGAAGACAACUGGGAAUGCCACAGUGGACCAUCUCUCCAAGUACUUGGCCCUGCGCAUUGCCCUUGAGCGGAGGCAGCAGCAAGAGGCAGGGGAGCCAGGAGGGCCUGGAGGGGCUGCCUCUGAUGCUGGAGGACCUGAUGGGGGUGGUGGGGAGGGCGGGGGUGCCGGAGGAGGUGAUGGGCCUGAGGAGCCUGCCUUGCCCAGUCUGGAGGGUGUCAGCGAGAAGCAGUACACCAUCUACAUCGCCCCCGGUGGCGGAGCUUUCACGACACUGAAUGGCUCACUGACCCUGGAGCUGGUGAAUGAGAAGUUCUGGAAGGUGUCCCGGCCACUGGAGCUCUGCUAUGCCCCCACCAAGGAUCCAAAGUGACCCUGCAAGGGGACAGCCAGAGGACAGGGACCACAGGGUGUCCCUGUGUCCCAGCCUACCACCCCAGCUUCUUUGUCCCCCAGUGCCCCCCAGCCCAGCCAACCAGCAGAAGGACACAAAUGAGGACAAGUGGCUUUUAUACAAAGUAUCUAUAUCAAAUUCUUCUAUAUUGUACAGAGUGGGGCUUGUGUCCCCUUCUACUGCCUUUUCUAUGGACCCCCAACCUCCCAUCUGUACAAGAUGUUGGGAAGGUGAACCCUCCCCUUCACAUCCUCCUCCAAAAACAACAAAUCUGCUUUUUUUCCUCUUUGAAA